GACCGGCCGAGCGUGCAUGGGUGAUUCAAACCCAUAACCGACCGGCCGAGCGUGCAUGAUUCCAGUUGCGUGUCGUUCGUUUGAUUGUGCGUGAAAGUCAUGGGACUUGGCCGUCACUCCCGGCAAAGCAAAUGAAGCCUGCUUGCUUCUCUGCGGCGACGUCAAUGCCUUUGAUUGUCGAGUGGCUUCCGCCGCUUCUCUCAUCUGUCCACCUGAAACAUGGAUCAGACUUGAUCUCUCGUCCGCGCUCUGUCGGCUACGAUGAGGCGGCUGUGAUCCAGCGGAGCCUCUGUGACAACCACGUUGCUGUAGCGGUGCCGACGCUUGCUCGUGGACCGAGAAGGUGGGGCUGCACUCGUUGCACUCAUCCAUUUCUGUCGUGCUGCACGAGUGGACUGUCUGUGGAUGAUGUGGCGUCGCGUGUGUGCAGGGUUCCGAGUCUUCCCUUUGCUGUCGCGCUGGCGGAGACCCUGCCUCCCAGUUGUGGGUCAGUCUUGCUGCACCACCGUGCGCGAGACUUCGAUGUGAGUGGCCUCCGGCAGCACCUACAGGACCACCAGGACGCCUAUCGGCAGCUGCAUGGCGUCCUUGUGGUUUAUGGUGACCCGCCUCGCCCAGGCUGUCCUGCUGUCGAGUCGCCGUGUCUGGCGAAAGACGCCAUCGAGUGCUUCACGGUGCGCAAACGUCAGGGCACAUGCACACACACAUGCUGCUGCCAGGAUAGGAUGUGGUUUCUGUUCUCCCUGUAUGCAGCGUGCCGGGGUCAGGUGUGGAGGUGCUGUCAACAUGUGUUCGCUUGACCCACUGAUGGCGGCGUCAGAGGCGCGAAGGAUGACGGACAAGCUUGAGGCCGGCGCGUCUUUCAUCGUCUCACAGCCUGUCCUUGAUGCAUCUCUCGCCCACAGCUUCCUCCAAGCGUGGCGCGACGACAACCCUUCUCUGCUGUCAAACAUCAAGUCGCCUUUCCUCUAUGUCGGCCUGCUGGCGCCCACGUCUGUUGAUAGCCUCAAGUUCUUUGUACGUCGUGUGGGUGUUCCCGCGGCCCGUCAUGUGCUGGCGCGUCUGGUGCGGUCGGAGAGGAGGGGCCAGGGCGAUGCUCUGGACGAUCUGAAUGUGUCGACUUUCGUACAUCUGUCAGGGCAUUUUCGUGACAUUGUGGCUGGCGUGUAUCUGACAUCUGGUGCCAGCAGGGAUGUGUCGCGUGUGGCGAGACUGCUUCCGCGGCUGCGUGAAAGCUUGUCGUUAUAAACACAACAAAUAGGGUGGAAGUGAGCCC